AUGAAAUGGCUCACCUCCAUAAACCCCUUUUUCUUCACCUUUUUCGUCUUUUUCAAGCAAUCUCUAUGUUURRAUCCACAUUAUGAAGCUUGUGUCCCCCAUAGCUGCAGUGCAAAUGGGCCGAACAUUACUUAUCCAUUUUUCAUCAACGGUUUACAAAAUUMCACUUGUGCCUACCCUGGAUUAGAACUCCAUUGCAAGCUUGGUUUCCCAAUUCUUAAGAUCUCAGAAAGCGAAUUCAGGGUGGAAGAAAUUGAUUAUGAAAGAAGUUAUCUCCGACUUCAGACCACCGCGAUUUCGUGGAAUCAGACUGUAUCUUGCCCCUCGRAUAUCAGGAACUUAACGCUUGACCCUAACCGGUUUUUGAUUGACAACGAUAYGACUACGAAACUCGUAUUCAUUUCGAAUUGCUUGAAUAACGCGAGUGCGAGUCUAGAGAGGUAUAGGAUCCAGUCAUGUCAGACAAGUGUGGAGCUGGUCAUGCUAGCGAACGAUACGAAUUUGAGAACCGCAACGGAGACUUGCGGCAACGGUAGUGGGAUUGUGAUGACGCCGGUGGAAUUGACUGGCAAAGAAGGGAGGAUUGACGCUACGAAUUAUGCAGAGGUGCUGGAAAGGGGGUUCGUGAUGAGGUGGCGUGCGGCGGACUGUGGUAUCUGUCGGGGCAGUGGUGGGAGGUGUGGGUGGGAUUCGCCGUCGUUCCAAUUUCGUUGUUUUUGCCCCGACAGACCCCAUAAGGUGCGUUGCAGAUCUGGUAAGAACUUUCCUCUUUGGUCUAUACGUUACCGCAUGGAUUCCCCACCGAACUGUGUCAUUCUACGGUUUCGCUACAAUCAAACCUUUUCCGAAUUUGGCGAUCUGUUAUCUUCUGAGUUCUGGGUUUCGAUUCGUUUGCGUAAUUGUAGUAAGGGCCACAAGAAACAAGAUGAAUCGCAGGAUAAGACCAAAUAUCAAACAGACCAUAAACCGGUAAUCAUCGCAGCUGUGUCUGGAUCUGUGUUUGCUCUUGCGGUCAUUGCCGUCGUUUUCAUGUUCUGUCGAGGCUACAAGCGCAAAGCUUUUGCGUAUUUCUCGUCCAAAGAUAAAUCCCGAGACCUUGAAGAUGCUAGCGUCUUCGGUGUCCCGGUUUUCUCCUAUACCGAACUUCAAGAUGCCACCCAGAACUUCGACGCGUCUCAGGAACUGGGCGAUGGAGGUUUCGGAACCGUUUAUUAUGGUAAACUCCGAGAUGGCCGAGAAGUUGCAGUGAAGCGACUUUACGAGCACAAUUACAAGCGAGUCCAACAGUUCAUGAAUGAAGUCGACAUCCUGACUGGAUUACGCCAUAAGCACCUCGUUUCGCUCUAUGGUUGCACUUCCCGCCGGAGCCGUGAACUCCUCCUGGUCUAUGAGUACAUUUCCAAUGGCACGGUCGCCGAUCACCUCCACGGCGAACUAGUAAAAACGACCCCGCUGACGUGGCCGAUCCGCAUGAAAAUCGCGGUAGAAACCGCUAGCGCACUCAUCUACCUACAUGCUUCCAAUAUCAUCCACCGAGAUGUGAAGACGAAUAACAUUCUCCUCGAUCACAAUUUCUGUGUUAAGGUGGCGGAUUUCGGGCUCUCGAGGCUCUUACCAAAUGAUGUCACUCAUGUCUCGACCGCACCUCAAGGAACACCGGGUUACGUAGACCCCGAAUAUCACCAGCGUUACCAGUUAACCGAUAAGAGCGAUGUAUAUAGUUUCGGAGUGGUUUUAAUCGAGUUGAUAUCAUCAAUGCCGGCAAUCGACAUAAGUAGGUCUCGUGAGGAGAUUAGCCUUGCAAACAUGGCUAUAAACCGGAUCCAAAAAUGCGCUCUCGAUGAGCUGAUCGACCCUUUUCUACUAUCCGAUUCCGACACCGAGAGGAUGACGAAAUUGGUGGCGGAAUUGGCGUUUCGGUGUUUACAAUUCGAUUCGGAGUCGAGGCCCACGAUGAGUGAAGUGUUGGAGGUUUUAAAGGGAAUUCAAGGGGAUGAAAUUGAGAAUAUGGGAGAGUUAAAAAGCGGCAUAAUUAAGCCACCAGCUUCACCGGAAGUUGAAGACGUGGGGCUGUUAAAAGGGCUGAUCACGGCGUCGCCGGUGUCGGUGACGGCGAAAUGGCAUAGCACUGGUAGCGGAGCAACCACAUCAAACUCCAGUGUGUGAGAUUAUAUAUAUACAAUCAAUUAAUUGUAUAGGUGUAGUAUUCUUUCCAUAUAUAUAUAUACCAUCAAAGUUUACAUACAGAAUUUAAAUAACAUGGAGUUUAAUGGAUCAGAAACCUAACAAAGGUGAUCCAUUCUCUCUAUUUUGGUUCAUCUGUGAAAUGGUUACUCAUUUUAAACCC